UGGUAUGAUAGCUGAUAGGAAAUUAAACCGUAAUGAUGCGUACAUUUGUUGUUUCAUUUAAAUGCUAUUCCUAUAAGACAGGGCAAAUGGUCAAUGGCUCAAUUCUGUUUUUUAUUUCUAGGUUUGUGUGCCUCCUCUGGUCCUGAGGGAGUGCUUUGUCGUGCUAAACCCUAUCCGGUUUAGCACUGACAAAUUGGCUGCAAUGGAUCGCAUUGUUCCAUCCAACCUUGAUGUCCCCAUGGGGAAUCGCUCAAGGAAACGGAAGGUGGCACAUGGAACCACGGCUGUGGUCUCCAAAGGAAAGAAGGCCCGCCUUGAGGCACUUCCAACUCCAGCAAGGAUUGCCAAACCUUCGAAGCUGGUACCUCCCCCUCGACCUGUUCCAGAAGCUGCUGUGCCAGCCACUCUGGAGGGCAGCGUCUUUGUGCCUUCGAGCAAGUUUGCUCAACCGGAGGGGGAUGACCAGACUCUGUGUGUUGAUGAGUGGCCGUUUCUUCAAACAGAGUUUUGUGAGAAGGUGAACCAGCCAACUCCUCGGGUUGUCUCUGGACAGAGAAAACAAGAGGAGCUAACACCUUGGGUGCCAAAAGUUGUGAUGGCCCAGGCUGAUAAACCAACAGCCAAUGAGACCAGCUUCUUGGGAUGUUCAACCAAGAUGACACACAUUGAGGACCAUGAGCCGUUUGAACCAGCACCUGAGGUCACUGCGAGCAGUCAGCAGCAGAGCCCGCCUGAGGACAAUGGCCAGCUUGAAGAUCCUCAUGUAACACUUGGCAAUCAGAAGGUACUUACUUUUAACAUGUUAUUCCCUGUUCCUUGUGAGUUUUCCUGCCAUUUAUUAGAUCUUGGAAAUGAGUUAAAGUAAUGUUGAUAUCAUGUACAAUUCCGUUUUCCCAUUAUACACAGCCAUGAACUACAUCUGAUUGAUUCCUAGCCUUUUUUAUGAAUUCCUUGUUAAUUUCGAUAUAAACUAUUGGUUACACUCCUUUUUGAUUGAACUACUGUUGUGUUUUUAGGCACCCUGUGAUUUCGCACCUGCCAGAGCUGCUACAUCAAGUCAUGUGACUUAUGACAACCCUGGGUGUCUUCAAGGAUCGUUUGACCAGAGCAGCCACAUAUUUGGGGAAAAUGCAGGUAAGCAGUGUGCUACAAAUGGCAUAGCGGCGAUUAUGACCCACACCACCCAUAGCGUUCUCAAAUGGAAAAAAAAGAACAUUCAUCAUAUUCUAAAACAAGGUAAUGCCUUGUACACAUCUAUGCUAGAAAAUAAGGAAAUCAGUGCAGCCAAAACCAGUGGGCAUAUUUUCAUUUCCGAGUUACCCAGACACUGCAAAUUAAACAAUAAAUUAUUUAGUUUGGAAUAUUUUGAUACACUCACUGGAAGUCUUGAUCAAAAGGAUGAUUAUGACGCUUCUUUGCAAAACAUAGCCAUGCCUUUAGAAGAGGCUAUUCAGAAGACACUGCUGCAGACAGACACAUGCUUGCUCAACAUCCAAGGAAGUGUCUGUGCCGUUUUCAAGGUGGAAACUGCUUUUGCAGUUUUCGAUCCUCAUUCUCGUAGUACUUGGGGUUCCGUUGCACCGGAUGGAACCAGCAUAGUAGCGCACUAUGCUACUGUGUAUGAGUUAUAUGACCAUAUUGAGAACCUUGUCAAUUCCUUAUAUCAAAAUCAUCCACAUGCUUUUGAUAUCCCAAACAAGGUGUUUGAAGUCACUGGUGUGAAAGCUGUUGAGGUAAACUCACCAUUAACUGCUUUAACUGCACAGCCUGAAGCCAGCACUUCGGCACAUGACGGUACUUUGGACACUGACAGUGACUCUGAUCUCUGUGUCCUUUCGGUAACGGAUAGAAAUUCCCUUGCAGUAAACGCGUCUUUUUCCCUUGAAACUGUGCAGCCUGUAGCAAACACUUCUACAUGUGACACAACUGUAAACACUGACAGUGAUCCUCCAAUUCACACAGAGGGUGCAUCAGAUGUCUGUUUAAUUUCUGUAACAGAUAGCCCCAAUAUAAUGUUUACGGGAUUGACAUUAAGGGAAAAAAACAGGAUCUGCAACAAACUGAAUAUCAUACCAAGUUUAGAUCAAAAUAUUGUUGGACAAACCUUUGAUAUGGCACAGCCUGAGCCAUGCCAAACAACAUCCAUUGAAGGUGACGGUAAUUGUUUCUUUCGUUCUCUUUCGUCUGUAUUGAGUGGUUGCGAGUCACAUCACAAGGCCUUUCGUAAGGCUGUAGUGAAUCACAUCUCAAAUAAUCCACUUCAUUACAUUACUUGUCUAAGACGGCAAUUUGCUUCUGUGGAGCAAUAUCUCAUGGACUCAAAAAUGAAAUAUGUUGGAUCUUGGGCAACAGAGUUGGAAAUACAAGCUUCGGCAGAUUUUCUCUGUGUUGAUAUUUACACAUACAGUCAACAGAAAUGGAUUACAUUUACGGCGAACAUUGAGUCGAUUUCAAGAAAAGCUAUAUAUCUGAAUCACUGCAACGAAUGCCAUUAUGAACCAAUUGCAUGUGUCAAAGGAAAAACCUCUCAUACGUGCUUUAGUUUAACUAGCUUCUGUGAAAUGUCGCACAAAAUGUCCAAUGCAGACCUUGU